AUGUUCCCUCGCUUCUCGUUGCUCCUCGCCCUGUCUGUGCUAGUCACUGCGGCGCCAGUGGAACACAGCACGCCCGACAAACGUGCUGUGAGCACGCUCUCAUCCAGCGAGUUGACUUCGUUUGCGCCAUAUACCCAGUUUGCUAGGGCGGCGUAUUGCUCGACAAGCAAGCUCCAGGGAUGGAAGUGCGGAGAUGCUUGCAAUGCCCUCCCAGGUUUCCAGCCAACCUUGAUCGGUGGUGAUGGAAAUGCCAUACAAAUAUUUUUUGUCGGAUUUUGGCCGGCACAAAAUUCCGUCGUGGUGGCGCACGAGGGAACCGAUCCGACUCAGUUCGUCUCUGUGUUGACCGAUCUGAAUAUCUUGACGGACCCUCUUGAUACGGCCCUCUUCCCCGGCGUUCCAUCAAAUGUCUUAGUACACGAUGGUUUCCGCAACGCACACGCCCUCACUGCGACAAAGAUCCUUGCCGAAGUCAAGAAAUUGUUAGCCGCGAACAAUUCUAAGAAGGUCACUCUCGUGGGCCAUUCCUUGGGAGGCGCCUUAGCUGAGCUAGAUGCCCUGUACAUGACUUUGAAUCUCCCCUCCGACGUCGCAAUCAAGGCGAUGACAUUCGGAACACCCAGAGUCGGAAACGCUGCAUUCGCGGAGUUGAUAGACUCGAAGGUCCCAGACUUCAAGCGUAUCAACAACAAAAAAGACCCAGUACCAACCGUUCCUGGACGCUUUUUGGGCUUCGCACAGCCGGAAGGCGAAGUUCACAUCCUUGGCCCAGGAAAUGCUGUUUCUUGCUCGGGCAACGAUGAUGCCACCGAUGCGCAGUGCCAAAUUCAAACCGUCCCAAAUGUCUUCGAGGGAAAUAUCUUAGACCACCUAGGCCCAUAUGAGGGGAUCAGCAUUGGCACCAUCUUUUGUACUUGA